AUGUCAGCUGUUGAAAUCUCCCCCGAUGUGUUGGUGUACAAGUCUCCAUUGACGGAGCAAUCGACGGAAUACGCUAGUAUUUCCAACAACUCAGACCAGACCGUUGCAUUCAAGGUCAAGACCACAGCUCCCAAGUUCUACUGCGUAAGACCUAACGCGGCGGUCGUGGCCCCUGGCGAGACGAUCCAGGUCCAGGUCAUCUUCCUGGGUCUGACUGAAGAGCCUGCCGCGGACUUCAAGUGUCGUGACAAGUUUCUGGUUAUUACGUUGCCUUCUCCUUACGACCUCAAUGGAAAGGCUGUGGCAGACGUUUGGUCUGACUUGGAAGCUGAAUUCAAACAACAGGCCAUCUCCAAAAAAAUAAAAGUUAAAUACUUGAUAAGUCCAGACGUACGUCAACCAUCGAACCAAAAUACACAGGAUAGCAAGGAUGUCGUUGAGCCCGUGGCCCAAGAAAGUGCGCCAAGGGAAGAUUUUUCAAUGGUAGACGAAAAAGAAAGCCCUGUUGAACUGGAAACCGAGCCACCUGUUCAAAUAAAGAAAGAAGAAGUUCCACCUGCCAUCCAGGAAACUGUUUCCCAAGAAAAUGAGAAGCACGCCUCUAACAGCGCUCCAACUACAAAGAGCCAAAUAAAGGAACCUGCAACCCUGCCUGCAGAAAACGAAUCCUCCAGCAUGGGUCUAUUCAUAUUGGUUGCGCUUCUUAUCUUGGUUUUGGGUUGGUUCUACAAAUAA